ACAGCGAAUUUCAGCGGUAACAGUUAUCUGCAAUUGGAUAACAGUCUAUUAGACCAGGACAAGAGAGAACAUUCCAUAUCGAUGACGUUCACUACAGAUUCGGCUAACGGCCUGUUAUACUGGCAAGGCCAAGAACCCAAUAACGACGGUGUAGUCGACAAUUAUAUCGCCGUCUCGAUUGUAAACGGCUACGUGGAAUUAAGUCACAGAUUCAACGGCAGAUCGACACCAGCGAUCCGAGCCACGGAUCAUCACGUCAACAACAACGAACCUCACGUGAUAUUGAUCCGCGGAAACGGAGCCGAAUGGUCUCUGGAGCUAGAUAGGUUGACUACAGAAUAUGGUAAAGAGAGAGAUGUUGACAUCCACCAACUUUUGGAAUCCACAGAUUUGAUAUAUAUCGGUGGAGUUCCGGAAGUCAUUCUAACGUCGAACGACAACCAUUACAAAGGGUAUGAGGGUUGUAUCGGAGACGUGCGUAUUCAGGACUCAGGAUACGUGAAUCUGGGUCAAAAAUCGAUGUCCGGAAAAAAUGUUGCUUCGUGUAACAGACACGACGUUAACAAUAUCAUUCAAAGAAACAAAUAAUACAAUCGAUGAACAAAAUGCACCUCAGUCAACGACUGCAAACAACGCCGAAGACAACAAUAAUAAUAUUAUAUUAUAUUAUUUUAAAAAACAUAAAACGUUGUUUUUAUUUUUUAGUUUAAAUUUAUUUUAUAAUCAUAUCGCUUUUAACGACGCCUACUUUUGUAAUUUUUAAACUCAUUAGCGUUUAUAGUCUGUAAAAAGAAUCAUAUUAUGUAAUAAUAAUAAUAAUAAUAAUAAUAACACAUCGGCCUGCUAUCAUACAUAAUAUUAUGUAUAUCGCAGUUUUACAGCGUAGUUAAGUAAUUUUUCAUAUUUUUAUUAAUUUUUACCAUUUUUGUCCGUCGCCAUUUACCGCCAAACGAAAUUGUUAUUAUACUUAGCCUAUAUUAUAUUAUUAUAUAAAAAAAAUAUACUCUCGUAAUUCAACUAAUGGUGUUUUCUCAAAUAAUGAGUCACUAUCGAAGCUCACUGUUUUCAUUUUUGUACACACAACCAAUCCUGCGGCGGACAGAACAAUUUAAUUUUCCCUCUCACGGCCUCACCGCGUAGACUAAUUUACUAUAUUAUUAUUGUAUUAUUAAUUUAACACUAUUAUAUUUAUACAUUGACUAUUAAUAAAUCGUAUAUCAUAUCGUGCCAUAUAA